AUGGUACAGAAUCAAGUCUUCAUUGCCGUAGACUUUGGGGGAUAUAAAACAAUUAUAACCAUCCUUACCACUCUAGGCAUCUUGACCACAUGGGCCACUCGUGGCGCCAAUGACGGCAUAAUUCCUUCGAUAUUCAAGUACAACAGCAAUGGCCAGUUCAUGUGGGGGAGGGGGGCAGCGGCUUCCCGUGGCAGAGAACCGUACGUUUGGGUAAAACUCAUGCUGGAUGGGUCCCCAGAUAUGGUCACACAACACCAGAACCUGAGAGACAUCCUCGGCGGCACCGUGGAACUAAACAACAUUGGCACCGGAAAAAUUAUCAGUGACUUUCUCCGAGACUUGCGGGAUAGGCUGUGGAUGGACCUUAGAGAGCGCGGACUGCAAGUCCACUGGUGUUUCACCGAGCCAGAUUGCUGGUCAGACCGCGGCCGUUUGGAGUUUCGGUCCGCAGUUGAGAGCGUUGGAUGGUUUGGGAACAACCAUCGCAUUACCUAUGUCUCUGAAGCUGUAGCUGCGGCUGAAGGGGCUGCUGAUGAGUACAGGAACGGAAAUGGCAUGCAGGACAUUUCCGUUUUACGAGUGAAUGGCAACAAUGAAAACCGCCCUUUCACCUUCCAACGCCUGGGAGAUCCUACCAGCAUUCGAUGCGGAGGAUUUGAUGUGGACUUGGAACUGGUGCAGCAGCUCCGGACUGCCCACCCGGACCUACCUCGGAACUCCAGACAGUGGGUAGGCGCUGCUCAGGCUCGGCAGGAUAUCAGCUCUGUGAAGGAACAAUUUUCAGGCAUGACCGGGACUGAGGUGCACGCAAUUCGGAUUCAGCUGCAGCGACGCCUCAUGAUAGACCAUCGUUUCUAUCACAAUGACCUGGUCCGUGCCUUCGCACCGACUGUGCAAGGCAUACUUCGGGCCAUACACGCACGAAUCGCCGCCCCAAUGGAUGCCAGAAUUACGAAGAUCAUUCUGGCGGGUGGGCUGGGCAAGUCGGCCUACCUGCGCCGUCGGGUUGAACGAGAUCUCACACGCGCCUACCAGAAUACCGGACCCAGGUUACUUGGGGAACUGCAACACAGUGUGCAGGCAGUUUCACGGGGUGCGGCACUGUAUGCGACCAGGUUGCAGGGAGUGCGCGGCUUCCAGAGCAACACCACCAUCCAAGUCGUGGUUCCUUUUGUUGUACGGAUUGGCAAUGAGCUACGAGAACAAUCUGUAGCUCAUGUAAUUAUCCAACCAGGGCUUGUCCCGUCACAGGACGACUUCCCGGUCCGCAUGCGGUUCUUGGUCACUGCACCAGAGCAAUAUGUGAGAGUUUGUAGCAUACGGCAAGCACAGACACACCGCCUUGCCUUGCACCCGAUCACCGAUCCUGCUCGUGACUCAGAGAUGAGCUUGGAGCAUGGUCAGCAGGGCGCUCACGAAUAUCUGUUUCGGGUGUACUGGAGAAUCCAGCUCGGGACAUCUUUGUUCAUGCGGUGGAGUAUCUGUCUUGAGAAUCCACGCAAUCCUGAUGGGCCUCACGCACCGGUGGGGGUAGUAAACAUGCUGCACCGGAUACCUCCAGAAGACCUACAGCCUUUCCCAGCGAUUUGA